CCUCAAUCCUCACAGCAGAAAGUCCCCGGCUGCGCCGUCGGCCUCGUGGCAAAACUACCAGCCGUUGUUUGUCCCCACAUCCUGCUCCGCUUCAUCCCCAUGGCUGCGACGACGGCGGCGGCGGCGGCUGCUACUGCGGCUCACCUCCUCACCUCCCCACCUCUCGCGUCUCCACGGCCCGUACCUCGCCGUCACCGCCGCACCGAGGCCGCCGCCAGGAACCUCUCCUGCCGCGCGUCGCUGGGCCCCGACGCCCCCCUACCCGCGCUCGCCGCCCCCAGGCCGUCGCCCGCUCGGGGGAGGACGUACCUGCGGGAGCACUCCUGCCUCCUCUUCCCGCCCCCGCGCGGCGCCCGCCCGCUCGCCGUCGUCAAGUUCCUCGGCGGCGCCUUCAUCGGCGCCGCCCCCGAGGCCACCUACGGCUACCUGCUGGAGCUCCUGGCGCAGGAGGGGUUCCUCGUGGUGUGCGUCCCGUACAACGUCACCUUCGACCACGCGGCCGCCGCGCGGGAGGUCUUCGAGAGGUUCCACGGCUGCUACGACGCGCUCCGAGCGUCGGGCCUGCCGGAGGCCGGGCUAGGCGCCCUGGACAUCGCGGGGCUCCCGCUCUACUCCGUUGGUCACAGUAAUGGCGCGCUGCUUCAGCUGUUGGUUGGGAGCUACUUCUCAGAAAAGAUACCAAAGGCUAAUGCCAUUGUCUCAUUCAACAAUAGGCCCGCUUCAGAGGCUGUUCCUUACUUUGAGCAGAUAGGCCCCCUCAUUAAUCAACUAACGCCUAUGAUGGAGACAUCACCUGUAUACUCUGUGGCAAGAGAUGCAUCAGGGAAUGCGUGGAAGGCCCUAUUUGAUUUAGCUGGAGGUUUGAUACGGGAGUACGAUCAAGAAGCUAUGGUAUCUGUAAGCAAAUUUGUCGAUCAGUUACCAUCAGUAAUGAAUCAGGUUACAGAAGGUGUAUCUGAAUUCAAACCAACACCACCUGAGAACCGUGAAUUCUGCAAGAAUUCUUACAGUGUAGCUAAUACAUUAUUGGUGAAAUUCAGCGUUGAUGCUAUUGAUGAUACAGACAUAAUUGAGGACAUCUUGAGACCCCGGGUAGACUCAAUUGGUGGACAAAUAAAGAAGGUCGUACUGUCAGGAACACAUCUAACUCCGUGUAUACAGGAUGUUAAAUGGCAGGUUGGUUCAGAAUACACUCCAGCGGAUGCUCUGGCGCAGGGCUUAAAAUCAUUGGCUCUCAAUGAGACUAGGGUCCUCUCAAGAACUAUCGCUGACUACUUCAGAUCCCUUUAGAAGCCUAGAUUAUAAUUUAUUCUAUGUCCAUUGAAGUUCAGAAUGCUGCUUAUGAAGUUGGCUGGGGUGUUGGGGGGUUGCCACUACAAGGACACACCGGAGUAAAUAUUAUAGCACCUAUACGACUCUGAAGAGCGAUGUAUUUGGACCGAGUUGAGUACGUUGGCACCGGCAGGCCGUACCACCACUAUAUGGUCUGAUCAAGAUUUGGAGGUUGGGACCAAGCUGUUGGACUCUAGUCAGGCUAUACACUGCAUUUAACCCGAAAUCCAAGAGAACAACGAUCCAUUCUCAGGUAUGGCACCAGCGACGCUGAGUUGGUCGUAUACACCUUCCAGCAGGCAGGCAGGCAAGCUGUCCAUGCACGGCCUUCUUCUGGUUGGCAUUUUACGUGUAAUACGACAAUGCAUACAUCAUCAUACGUAGAUUGCCAUGUUAUAUAUUCUGUAUAAUAGUAACAUCUGGGACAGUAUUGUGUACAUGUUUGAGAAUGCUACAAGCGCAAGAGCUGUGGGUUAUUGGUCAUGAA